AUGACUGAUGAUGAAACAAUGUCUGAGUUCUACACUCGAUUCAAGGAUGUGGUGAACCAAGCAUAUGCUCUUGGCUUGGAAUAUGAUGAAGAAAGGCUGGUUCGAAAGAUGCUGAGAAGUGUGAACAAAAAGUUAAAAAUCAAAGUCUCUACUCUCGAGGAUAAGAAGAAAACCAAGAACAUGAAUCUUGAAACCUUAAAUGAAGUCACUAUGGUGGUAAAACAACUGGUGAACAACGAAAGUAUCGAAAACAGAAAAGUGCUGGUUACAACAAAUGAAAGGGAGCUUAUGAUAAAAGCUACGAGAAGAAGUUCAACACUGUUUCUAGACCAGAAAACUCAAAGUGAUGAGGAAGACAGUCAAGAAUCUGAAGAGGAAAGUGAUAAUGAAAGUGUAGAUGCUUUUGUCAUCAAAGAAGGAGAAUCUAGAAAAGGAAAAGAAAAUGCUCCAGAAGAAGAAUGUAACAACAACGACACAAUAAAGAUAGACAUCUAUGAUCUGAUGAAAGCUUAUGAGGAAGUUGUAGGCGAACAAAACAUUUGUGUCAAGAGAAACAAGGGUUUGAUCAACACAGUUUACCAUUUGGAAGCUCGAGUUGAAAAAGUUGAGAAAGUGAAUCAAAAAAUUUUUGAAAUCAAUGAAGGACUUCAGAGGGAAGUCAAGCAACUGAUAAUGAAGUGUGAUUAUCUGAGGAAAGAAAAUGAUGGGCUCAGAAAAGGAAAAGACAAACUCAAUGAAGUUAUAUCGAUUGGGAAGCCAUUUGGAGAUCAUCGUGGGAUAGGUUAUCAAGAAUCCAUGAACAUGAAGCCAACUACCUUUGUAAAAGGUGGUUUUCUUACUGAUGUGAAGAUUCCAGAUAAACCUCCAAGGGGAAGAACACUGAAGGUUCUAAAGAAAACAGAAAGAAGAGGCGAAAUCAAAAUCGCAGAAGGAACAGAUGUAUCAAUUCGUCGUUACAAAAGAAAAGUAACUAUGGAUAGAGACUUGAUGUCUGGAAAGAAGGUUAAUUGGCCUUCAGAUGAGCUGAAACAUAGGGUGAAUUUCAAAAUGGAAUGGAGACCUAAGAAGAAUCAAUCUCAAAUGAUGUGCAAUGUCAUCCUAUGUAGCACUUGUGGAGAAGUGAUAUUUCGAGAUGGAGCCAAAGGAAAAAUUGUGGGCUAUGGUUCUCUUGAAGCCAAAGAUAUACCGAAGUUGUCGAAGGUAUAUUUUGUUGAAGGCUUGAGUACUAAUCUCAUUAGUAUCAGUCAGUUAUGUAAUGAUAAACUGCAAGUGAAGUUUACUAAGGAUGUUUGUGAGCUGUACAAAAAUAAGAAGGAGUGCGUGAUGACUAGAAAAAGGUCAAGGAACAACUGGUACUUACUUGACAAACCCAUGGAUGUUGCAUUGAUCUUAAAGGAUGAUGAAACCCUUCUAUGGCAUACAAGACUUGGCCAUGUCAACCAGCAAAACUUGAUGAAGUUGAGCAAGUAA